UUUUGACUCAGAAAGGACCUAAAACAUCCAGGGAACUACAAGUAAUUAUCCCAAAAUUCAGGGGUACCAUUGCAAUUUUAGAAUCUACCCUGCAGCCAGGAACACCUCAGCGACCUCGAAGAGACAAAGAAGAGCCAUAGCGUCGUCACCCACCAAGAACUCACCAGAAGCUCUCACUCUCUCCCCCUCACAAUCUGCCACAUAUUAUCUCAAAUCUCCCAUCUUCAAUUCGCAAUCCACUCCUGUCCUUCGCUCGCUCUGCCCACCAAAAUGCAGGCCGCAUCAGUCUCGGCUCACUCCCUGUUCUGCCCCAGUUCGGCUCACGCCCACCGGACCCUUCAGUCCUCCGCCUUCCAUGGCGUCUCCUUCAAGCCAACCCUCCGCUCCUUCACUCUCUCCACCCGGGCACGGAGAUCCCUCACCGUCGUGGCGGCGACCAAGAAAGCCGUGGCUGUGCUGAAGGGCAACUCCAAUGUCGAGGGCGUCGUCACGUUGACCCAAGACGAGGGCGGUCCUACGACAGUGAAUGUUCGAGUUAUUGGGCUGACUCCGGGACCUCACGGGUUUCACUUGCACGAGUAUGGAGACACGACCAAUGGCUGCAUUUCGACUGGAGCGCAUUUCAACCCGAACAAUAUGACGCACGGUGCUCCUGAAGAUGAAAUCCGCCAUGCGGGCGACCUGGGAAACAUAAUUGCCAAUGCUGAUGGGGUUGCAGAGGCAACUAUAGUAGACAAUCAGAUUCCAUUGAGUGGUCCUAAUUCAGUUGUCGGGAGAGCUUUCGUGGUCCAUGAACUCGAGGACGAUCUUGGAAAAGGUGGGCAUGAACUUAGCCUAACCACAGGGAAUGCUGGAGGAAGACUGGCAUGUGGUGUGGUGGGUCUGACUCCAAUCUAAUGUUCUAUGCUCCAUGCCCUGUCAUAGAGGUUCUGUCCUUUCAGCCGGGCUUCCAUAUAGAGUCUCGUGUUAAUACUUGUCGAGCCAGAUUUUAGUCAGCAUGUGAAACUAUGGAGACUCCUUGUUCAUCUGCAGGAAGUAUGAUUGUCGUAGGAACACGUACUAAAAUAAACCGGUGUAUCAAUUCUCAUGGGAGAACAUUUUCAUUUUGCUCAUGUGAUGAAUAAGAAUUUUAUUAUCUGGUUUCAAGGUGCUCAUGUUUGAGAUUUA